AUGUCUCAGGUCACAUCUGAGGAGAUCCACAGCCUUCGGUCUAACCAGGAGGAAAGGGACACAAGAAUCGUCAUCUACUGUAACCACGCUGCUGAGUUGGGGUUCACUUCGACAGUUGUCUGCACACCGGACAGUGAUGUUUUGUUCAUCUUACUGUACCAUGCGCAUAACAUCAAGUUAACGGUGUACAUUGACAUCGGUACUGGGAUGGGCAGACCACUGGUGAAUGUGACUCAGCUGGCAAACGAUCUUGGCUCUGAAUACUGCGAGACCUUACUUGGGUACUAUGUCUGCAGUGGUGAAGAUUGCACCAGUGCCUUCAAGGGCAAGGGUAAAGUUGGACCCCUGAAGAAGCUGCAAAAGAACCCCAAGUACCAAGCUGCGUUCAGGUGACAUGGCUCUCUUUCAUAAUUUCACUUCCUUGACUCGAAUGACACUUGAAAGUAAACAGUGUUUUCCUAUUUCAGGGAACUUGGUGUAGAAUGGUGCCUCUCAAGCAGCUGCAAGGAGGACCUGGAACAUUUCACAUGCCUCAUGUAUGGUCAUGGUCGGGAGAAGAAAGUAGAUGCAGUGUGUGUAAAGAUGAUUCGCAAGAUGGUCAGAGACGAUGAGUCCCUCUCGGCCAAGUCUAAGGUGGACCUUGGACGUCUCCCACCACCACAGUGCAGUCUCUCCACCCAUCUUGAUCGCUGCAACCACAGAGUGGCAUGUUAUAAGCGCGCAGCUGCACCUGUUUUUGAGCGACCGAAACCAUAUGACCCAGAUCAG